GGAGGGGCGGAGGGAGGAAGCUGGCUUCCUGAAGCCUCCUCAGCCCUCAAAGACAGACCGACAGACAGACAGACAGCUGGCAAGAAGCAGCCCGGGGGACACAGCUGCUUCAGAGAACCCCAUGGCUGAGUGAGCCUCCCCUGCGCCCAGCUCCCACCCCAGCAUGGUCCAGGCCCGUGGGGGGCGCUCCAGAGCACAGUCACUGACCUUGUCUUUGGGGGCAGCCAUGACCCAGCCUCCGCCCACCAAGGCACCGGCCAAGAAGCAUGUGCGGCUGCAGGAGAGGCGGGGCUCCAAUGUGGCUCUAAUGCUGGACGUGCGGUCCUUGGGGGCUGUGGAGCCCAUCUGCUCAGUGAACACACCCCGGGAGGUGACCCUACACUUUCUGCGCACAGCCGGACACCCUCUCACACGCUGGGCCCUGCAGCACCAGCCACCCAGCCCCAAGCAGCUAGAAGAGGAAUUCUUGAAGAUCCCCUCAAACUUUGUCAGCCCUGAAGACCUGGAUAUUCCCGGCCACGCCUCCAAGGACAGAUACAAGACCAUCUUGCCAAAUCCCCAGAGCCGUGUCUGUCUAGGCCGGGCACAGAGCCAGGAGGACGGAGACUACAUCAACGCCAACUACAUCCGGGGCUACAACGGGCAGGAGAAGGUCUACAUUGCCACCCAGGGACCCAUGCCCAAUACCGUGGCAGACUUCUGGGAGAUGGUGUGGCAGGAAGAAGUGUCACUCAUUGUCAUGCUGACUCAGCUCCGAGAGAGCAAGGAGAAGUGUGUCCUCUAUUGGCCCAUGGAAGAGGAAACCUAUGGGCCCUUCCGGAUCCGUGUCCAAGAUGUGAAAGAGUGCCCAGAAUACACCGUGCGGCAGCUCUCCAUCCAGCACCAGGAGGAGUGCCGGGCAGUGAAACACGUCCUCUUCUCGGCCUGGCCUGACCACCAGACCCCGGAAUCGGCAGGGCCCCUGCUGCGCCUGGUGGCUGAGGUGGAGGAGAGCCCAGAGACAGCCGCCAACCCCGGGCCCAUCGUGGUCCACUGCAGUGCAGGGAUUGGCCGGACCGGCUGCUUCAUCGCCACCCGAAUUGGCUGUCAACAGCUGCAGGCCCGAGGGGAAGUGGACAUUCUGGGCAUCGUGUGCCAACUGCGGCUGGACAGGGGCGGGAUGAUCCAGACUGCGGAGCAGUACCAGUUCCUGCACCACACCUUGGCCCUGUACGCUGCCCAGCUGCCGGGGAAGCCCAGCCCCUGAUCCCCGGUGCCCUCCACCAGCCCAGGUGCCAACUUCCCCCAGGCCUGGGAAGCCGGGUCUGGGGAAAGUGGGCCUCAUGGCCUGGGGUCCUCCUGGGUGGGCAUGGGAAUGGGAUGCCCCCUGGGUAAGCAUGUGUGGUCACAGGAAGCUGGCCAGCAAGGACCGAGGCCAGACUCCAGGUCUUCACCGCUGGCCACUCCUCCGCUUCCUUUAGUGGACACUAGGGACAACCUCGCACGACCCUCGAGACUAAAAGAUUAGAGCUGGUAUUGACAACAGGUCUGAGAAAGAAGCCCAGGUGUCUGAUUUGCUAUAAAACCUCUGGGAGCUUCAGUCUCUUCCUCUAUGACAUGGACACUAAGUGCUCUGCUGCCAUAAGGGGAAAACAAUCAGAGAAGAUCCUAGAAGCCGUUCCAGCUGUAUCCCCUUCCUGGGGCCAGCAAGAGAGUGAUCCCAACGUCAUCCUCCACGGGGCCCUGCCCAAGGACAGGCCAAACGCCAGAGCUGCGGACAGUCUGGUCCUGACCUCGGUCAAGUUCUCAACAUCCUGGCGGUGACUCUGUGCUUCCUCACCCCAUACCUGUGAUGGCUGAAUACCCCCCAGAGAGAGCCACGACCCAGACUCCUCCUGUGCCCACACACGGGUCCUGGGAGCAGGCUACAGAGGGGACCAGGGCAGGCAGCUGAAAUCUCUGGGAGAGGGAAAGUGUGGGGACCCUCACAGGCCCAGAGGGCCACGCUGCCUCUGUAAUUGCCUGCUACUCACCCCAGCUGCUCCCUAGGGAGGCCCAGCAUCCUGUCUUCCUUCCAUGACCUCAGAAGAUACCCUGAAUACCCAGGAAAUCCAGAAGAAAGGAGAGAGGAGGAGACGAAGAGCUUGGCCUGACUGUAGAUAACUGGCCCCUGCGCGGCGCUCCGCUCCCUGCGUGUGCAGAGGACACCCGGAGAGCGUGGUUGUUUCCAUGCACAAUCUGGGUUAAGCCACCCGGGGCAAAGCUGGGGACUCAGACUGAACUGGGACCCUGGAUUUAUCUCAGGGCACCCCGGAUUUAUCUCAGGGCUGACAUACACACACCAGGAAGCCAUCAAACCCUUUGUCCUUAAAUCCAAGAUGCGCUGCCCACGGGGAUGAAGGAGGCACCCUCCCUCCAGGCACAGAGCCCCUGGGGUCUGCCUCUGCUGAUGCCAGUUCUCUGUAGAGCCUCCGAGGAGCUGGAGCCUGGAGAACAGCUGGGCCUCCUCAUUCCUGACAUCUCCUCUGAGGAACAUGCAGCUUUGAAACCGAGGCUAAUUUUCUUCAUGCUUCCGCUUGGUCUUACUGAGGAGCUCGUCCCUCCUUACAGCCCCGGGAGGUGCUCCCCCACACCUGCACCUUCCCCAACCCCUACGAGGCGCCCACCGUCUGAGCCCGGGAAGCUGGGCAGACAGCCCUCAAGUGCCUGAGAUGCCCUGAGCUUGGACCUGGCCAGGAGGGAGGCAACUGCACAGGCCCCUUUCCCUGGGCGCUGUGGCCCCACGCCUGUUCCAGAACUUAGAUAGUGCGGCUCUGGAAAAGUAGCCAAGUAGGAAAAUAAAGAGUUCUUAGAUGGCUGAUUCAUCCCUUCUUUCUGUCUUCUCCUCAGGCCUCUGGAGCCUCUUUAUGGCAAUAGAGAGAGAGAGAGAGCCCAUAGGCCAGGAGCAGCUGUAGACCCUCACCCCGGGGUGUGCAAUCUUCUAGUUCUUCCAGGGGCACGUGAAAGGAGGUGAAACGGGAGGCAAUUUAGGAAAUGGGGCGGAGGUGAACCUUAGGAGCCAGAGAGGGACUUAGAAAGGGCAGAAUAGGAAGAUGACCCUUCAUAACCCAGAAUAUUAUGCUGGGCCGACGCUGGGACUCUGCUUUGGCAACCAUCUACUCUUUGGGGCCGUCUGGGGAGGUUUGACAGAUGUGGUUGACAUUGAUGGUUUAUGCACCUUUGACUAA